CGGCGCCUCACUCCUCAGUGAAGUCCGGUCGUCCGUGGCGAACGCAAGCGACCGCACCCCCGCUGUUAGGGUUGCUGCCGAGAAGCCCUGAGGAAACCGUACCGCCGCCAGCCGUCCUCCCUCGUCGCCGACGGCCGCUCGUUUCUCAUCUCUUUUACGGAAAGCAACGCGGCACUAAUUCAAACGUCGAAAUACACCUUAAAGAUGCCGCGGCCAGUUUCGAAAGGAACUUCUCAAUUAUCGGCACGGGGACAGACGGACAGGCGGCGGCCACCGUUUCUCAGAGCUUCCACCAAAGCCAAGGAGACGGAACGAACCAGCGGGAGUAAGAUGGAUUCUGCACGCAGCGGGGGUGCUAUAGAAGAACAAGAUAGUGAUGAAGACCUGUCGCCAGAUGCUUUAGUCAGACAAAAUUAUGAGCUCCGUCAUCGCUUGGAACAGGAAACCGCGAGUUACAAAAGACGUUUGGACACGUAUCGGCAGGCUCAGCAGCAUCAAGCUGCCCUUGUCUCGCGGUUACAAGCUAAAGUUUUGCAGUAUAAACAGAGAUGUUCGGAACUGGAGAAUCAGAUGGCAGAGACAAUUCCGUGUGACUCUACUAAACUCGCGACAGCCACGGUGUCCUCCACCACCGUGCUAGAGGCUGCCCAUCAGACACUUCGGGAUAUACGCGAGGAGCAAAUUCACGAUAUGGAUACUGCUUUGAAAAAGCUCGGAGACGAACGGCGAAAAUGUGAGGAACUUUUACAACUAAAUUCAUCCCUGAAAGAUCAACUCGAGGAGUCCCAUCAGACAAACGAGGCACUAACCAAUGAUUUGCAAAAACUAAGUAACGAUUGGGAUAUAUUAAGAGAGGAAUUAGCUAUUAAGGAGGACGAGUGGAAGGAAGAAGAACAGGCAUUCAAUGAAUAUUACAUCUCUGAGCAUAAUCGAUUACUGAACCUGUGGCGCGAUGUUGUCUCCGUUAAAAGACUGUUUGCAGAAAUGAAAUCCACUACGGAGAGGGAUUUGUCCAAAAUACGGAAUGAAAUCAUUUCAUCAUCCAACGAAAUGACAUCGGCGUGCAACAGUGCGAAUUUUACUAUGAAGCUUCAAGCAAGUGCAGUGCAAUCCACGCCGUUCCAGAAAGUACAACUACAGGAGGAGGAACAGGCUGUGACUAUUCUAAAAACAGAGAUCACGGCACUGAAGCAACAGCAUGCUGCCGAUCAGCAUGAAAUUCGUACCAAAGACGACCGGAUAGAUCAGCUGAUUCGAGAAAUUCGCAACUUAGAAGAGAGAUGCGGCGUUUCUGAGGCGACAGUGGCCCAAACCGUGCGUAUGCAGGAAGAUAUUGAGGUACUGGAAUCCGCGUUACGAGAUAUCGCACAUGCCGUGAUUCAGGAUGCCGAGAGUCGGGAUGCCGACGUUAAACAGGCAUCCCCGCACAUCCAUCUGUCGCCGCCCAGCGGACUGAUUCAGCAGAGAUCGCCGAAGAGAAGCACGCGAAGUAACACUAUACCGGCGUUUGCCGAAAGCACUAUAAGCGCGGUACGAGCGGCUCUGCAGAAAUAUCAGUUGACGAUACGCGAGUUACAGAUAAAAUCACAAACGAGCAAGGAGCAAAUUCUAAUGAUGCGCAAGCAGUGCGACACCGCGGAGGAAAACGCUCAGACGUUAAAUACCAAAGUUGCGGAAUUGAUAUCUCAGUUGGAUACAUGUCGUUCGCAAUGCGCGCAACUGGACCAAGAGAAGGAAAUGCUGCAGAAGAGUUUCGACACUGUGAAAUUGGAGAAGAAUGCAUUGGACAAGAAUAAAAUGGAACUUAAUAGCACGAUGGAGGCUCUCAAAAGUAAUUACGAGAAACUUCAGAAGACGAAUAAUAAAUUACAGAAACUGUGUGACAACUUGGAAGAUGAAAAGUUGUAUUUGCAAAAUGAGCUUGGCAGAAUAUCGGAGGAUGUUGAUUUAAAGGAAUUAAGUUUACGGUCGGAGGAGGACAGAUGCAGUAAAAUGAGAGAGGAGCUUUUGACGUUGCGAGAAGAUUUGAGUAAAGCUCAUCUUGCCAAGGACAUGUUGGAACAGCAGAAGUUAGAAACCGACGGGUUAAUCUCUCAGAUCGAAAAAAGCAAAGGUGAUCUUGAAUUGGAACUGGAACGUAUACUACUGGAAAAGUCAGAUGUACAGGAGAUUUUGAUAAAAAUGGAAGCAAUGUGUUCCAAUCAUGAGCAGGAUAAGCAAAGAUUGCAGGAAGAAUUGAAAAAAAUGACAGACGAGAAAAAUAAGCUCGCGAAUCAGUGCAUCGAUCAACAAGGGGAUCUGAAUUCAUUGAGAAAGGAAUUGCUGCAAGCCGAACAAACUCGCCUUGACGUACAAUCCGAGAAAGUUACGUUGAACGAAAAGAUUAAAUUUCUGGAGAUAGAAAAGGAGAAGGUGGAAAUGGAAUUGGGCCAAGUGGCGCGCGAACGCAGCGACUUAAGUAAUCAAUUAUCGGUCUUGGCGCGAAAGAAGGAAACGUUAAACGAGGAGCUCAUGAGACUUAGACAAAGAUUAGAACAGUCCAACGAAAUGAAUGCACGAAUAAACAGAAACUUGAAGGAUCUCGUGAAAGAUAAUGAGGAGAAGCAGGUACUCUUAGAAACGAACGAAAAGGAAUUUCAAAGACUGCAAGAGCAAAUUGCUUCAAUGCGCACUGAGAAAGAAAUAUUAGAAGGAGUAUUGUUCGAUACUCAGACCAAUUUGGAAGCAACGCAUAUCAAGAAAACACAGUUAGAGAAAGAGCAAAAAGAGAUAUUGAUAAAACAGGAAAGCUUGAAGGGUCAGGUGACGCGACUAACGAAAGAAGUGGAAAAUAGUGAAAAACGUGCGCAAGACAUCAAACAAUCACUUACGCAACAGAGUGGCGAUCAGAUUGCGGAAUUUCAGCAGAUUAUAUCCAAUAUGAAGAGACAAUCGGAAGAUAGCAUAAAGAAACUAAACGACGAAAAGGAGCAAGUGAGAAUAACUUUAGAGAAACGGUUACAACAGUCUCUAUCACAAGUAGAGGGAGAGAAAAAUGAAGACAUUAAUCAGCUGCAGCAGCGAAUAGAGGAAUUGCAGCAACACAUUGAGAAUUUAUGUAAGCAACAUGAAGACGCGCUUCUUAGAGCCGAGAAUGAUAAACAGCAGGCACUUUUGAUAGCUCAUCACGACCAACAGGCUUUAAUCGAAAAAACUGACACUAUUAUGCGCGAAUUAGAAGAAGAAAAAAAUACUUUAGAACGUGUUAAAAGAGAAGCCACGGCGCGUGCCGAGCAAGAGCGAAAUAAUACAAAUCAACUGCGCGACGAAUUAAAUCGUCUCAAAACAAAGUUGGAUGAAACGAAGCUGAGGGCUAACGAGGAAAAAAUGAAACUUGACUUAAAGAUAGAGGAGCUCUGGAAGGAACGGGAGUCCACGCAACGAGAAGUCGAAGAAUUGCAAGUUCAACUGCACAUGACGGAAGAUAAAGUAGACGGCUUGCAAAAUCAGUUACAUGAUACUAUCAGGAAACUCAAAGACUCUGACAAUGUUAAUGAGACGAUGCGCAAAGAGCUAGUUGACGUACGACGACAAUUAGCGGAUACCACGUAUGAGAAAGAAAAAUAUAACAACAGUAACAAAGAAUUGCGAGAACAUGUGAAGCAAAUUGAAAGCGAAAGAAGAGAACAAGGAAGAACAUUGGAGGAAUCGUACCAGAAAAUAGCAACAUUGGAAGAUACGAAAGCAACCAUGGACAUCGAGAGGACGCGCCUGCAGGCGCAAUUACGCGACAUGGAACGCGACGCGUCGCAACUGCAGCAGCAGCUUCGCUUCACGCAGGAUGAACUGCAGAAAUGCCACGAGAACAAUUCCCAGGCUCAAAACGAAGAAAAGGAGUUGCAGGCCAGAUUGGCUAAUGAGAUCGAGGAGAGAGAGCGGAUACAACUGCAAUUGCAUCAAGUGAAGAAACAGGUAAUCGACUUGGAUAACAGCUUGGAAGUUACUCGGCAAGAACUUGGCAAACUGCGCGCGCGAGCGGAUGAAGAAGAUGAAAGAUGGCGUGCCCGAGAGCAAGAGUUGCUGGUGCGGCUCGAGGAUAGCCGCUGUCGCGAAAGAAAAUUAGAAGAUCAGAAACAUAAUCUGGAAGUUUGCUUGGCUGACGCCACGCAGCAACUGCAAGAGCUGAAGGCCCGCCUUGGAGGGUCCGAAGGCAGGGUAAGAGCGCUCGACGCACAAUUGUCGCAGUUGGAGACUGCUAAAAAGGAAGUGGAGCAGAAAUUGAGCAGCGUAGGCUCCACGCUACGCCGUAUCGCCGGUAUCCAAAUGGAUGGAAGCGUAAACAUGCCGUUUAAAUUAAUGAGCCCUUCGAGAAGGUGGAGUCCAGCACGUGCGCAAGAUCAUGGGGAUAGUGGCAGAGAUAUUAUACUGGACGUUGAUCCUGAAGCCGUUAGGAAAGGAGUACGAUCGCUUAUGCAACAAGUUGCUCAAAUCGAACGCGAGAGAGAUGAUCAUAAAACAGAGCUGUGUAGCUUGAAGAAGCAACUGAAGGAGUCUCAAGAGAACCAAAGCAACACAGAUGUAAAAGUCACCAAUCUUUUGACUAACAUUCGGAUGCUUCAGGAAGAGAAGAAAUCUAUGGAAGCAAAACUAACUCAAACACAAACUAGCUAUCAAUCACAGCUAGAUGCAUUCCAGCACAAGACAGAGGAGUGUGAACAAUUGUGUGAAAAAGUUACAACCUUAGAGAUAAAGAUGAGUACUGAGUCGGACGAGAAGUCUCAGUACGAGGAUAAGCUAGAGAAAAUGAAACAAGAAUUGAACAGGUUGGAAAUGGAGAAGCGUAAUCUUCAGAAAGAGGUCCGUCACAGCGAUUCUCGUGCAACAGAAAUGGAAUUGCACAGAAUGUCUCUAGACGGUGAUCUCCAAAGAUUGCAAAUGAUGCUUCAAGAAAAAGAAGCGCACAUUCAAAAACUACAAGACCGCUUUGAUACACAAAGCCGUACCAUGGCGAGUUUAGAGGAACGUUGCGCUUCGUUAAAAUCUACUAUAGAACAAUUAAAACUAUCGUUGGAAAAAGCAUCUGCUACGGAAAGCGAGCUCAAGAGUGAAAUAAAUUUAUUGCAACACAAUGUAAUGGAGGUCACUACUACAUCUCAAAGUAACAAUGAAAAACUCAAGCAGCUGCAGAAACAGCUUUCGAAUGCCGAAAAUGAUCGUAGAAUAUUAUCCGAACGUUUGGAAACGGCUCAGCAAACCUUGAACAAUGUAAAACAUACCAAUCAGUCAUUAAUUGAUCAAAAUACACGGCUGCAGAAUGAGCUAGCUAAUAAUGAAGUACAGCGAUCGGCUUUAGAAUCGCAAUUAAGAUUGUCCACGUGGCCACCGGAAGGCAGCACGACUAAAGACGAUGAACUAUUGCGUCAAUUGCAGACUGCUCAAAGAGAAAGAAGCGAGAUGAGAGGAAAAGUAGAUGCUCUCAACGACAAGGUGAAGCUAUUAGAAUCUGACAAACGUAAUUUAGAGCGUCAGAUCACUUCGGGCAAGUCUAGCGGUAUUCGAAGCAAGAGUUACGAACGUCCGGAAAAGGCACAUAUAGAACUCCUAGGCACUAGUUACAGCCUCGACAACUUGGAGCAUGAAAAUAGAGAAUUGAGAUUGAAAAUACGUAAAUUGGAGACUCAAUUAGCGGAGAAGGAGACCGAGCUUAUACGCAUAAAAUCAACUUAUAUCCAUUCCUCUCAUCCGCUAUUGGAUACGAGCCGUGAUAGAAGCGGAGAAUUAGAACGGAUCAGAGCCGCGCAACUGCAAGCCGAGAAAUUAUUAGAGGCGAGAGAACAGAGCCAUCGUCAGCAAGUAUCACGUUUGGAAAAUCAGAUACAAUUGCUGCGGGAGCAGCUCAAUCAAGAGAUAAAGCGCAGGCAACUGUACGUUUUACGGAGCUCGCGAGCCGGCAGAGAAAUGCAACAAUUGCGACAAGCGUUGGGCGACUCUUUGAGAACCGUGGCGCAAGAUCCGUCGCUGGACGCGAUGUUACUGGAGCACGAAGCGCGUAAAUUGGACUCUACCCUGACGAGUAGCAGUAGCCUACCGCCGUCAUUAGCUUUACCUGCCCCAUCGUCCUACAGAUCCGGCACUCCGUCUUUGGCUCGCGAGUGCGCAUCUCGGGUUCGAUGCUGGACACACGGCCUCCGUCCUGGAUUGUUGAUUGUCGCCAGAAUAAAAGGACAGCUCGUGAUGUCUGACAGCAUUAAAGUGGCCAUUAAAGUCCGGCCGCUCAUCAAGCGAGAAAAGGACGAGAAUUUAUCGAUACAAUGGGUGUCCCAAGGAAACACCAUCGUGGCCACCGACGCCGAUUUGAGGAAGCGAGCCGAUGGGCGAUUCGAGUUCGAUCACAUUUUUGAUGUGAACGCCAGCAAUAAUGACGUGUUCGACAAUGUCGUGAGGCCUAUUGUGGACGCUGCUGUAAAUGGAUUCAACGGUACAGUAUUUGCUUACGGGCAAACAAGCUCUGGCAAAACGUAUACUAUGAUGGGUAUAGAGGAAGAACUCGGUAUAAUACCCCUAGCUGUUGAACAUAUGUUCGAUGCGAUAGCCAACACCCCAGGACGCGAGUUCUUAUUGAGGGUAUCAUACUUGGAGAUUUAUAACGAGAGAGUCAACGAUCUCUUGUGCCAAGCCUCGAAAGACUUGAGAGUACACGAGGAUAUCAAUGGCCAGGUGUUCGUUAAGUGUAAGGAAGAGGUUACAAAUUGCCCAGAGAAUGUCCUUUCAAUAAUGCAUAAGGGUAAUAAAAAUAGAAGGAUAGGUGAAACAAACAUGAACGAGCGAAGCAGCAGGAGCCAUACAAUAUUUAGAAUCACGAUUGAAAGUCGAGAAGCUGCUGACUCGGAUGGUGCAGUUCAAGUUUCGCAAUUAAAUAUGGUAGAUCUCGCUGGUUCAGAGAGAGCACAUCAAACUGGUGCUACUGCAGAACGUUUUAAAGAAGGACGUCACAUUAACUUGUCGCUGUCUACAUUGGGUUUGGUAAUAAAACAGUUGAGUGAAUCGCAAGACUCCCAAAAAUAUAUAAAUUUUCGAGACAGCAAGUUAACGAGGCUGCUUCAAGCCUCUCUAGGAGGGAACGCGAUGACGGGGAUAAUAUGUGCAGUAACACCGGCUGCACUAGAUGAAACACAAUGCACAUUAUCGUUUGCAGCUAGAGCUAGAAACAUCAAAAAUACCCCUCAACUGAAUGAAGUUAUGUCUGAUGGUGUACUUUUAAAACGUUAUGCGAAACAAAUAGACAAAUUACAUUCAGAGUUAGAGAGAAUGAAGCAGCUGACUCAAACUGCUGAUUUUCAAGAAAUGGAAUCCAAGAUGCAGGAAAAAGAUCGCAUUAACCAGAAUCUGGAAGAACGGAUUAGAUUGUUGCAAACUCGUAUUGUCACUUCAGCUAAUUGUAAUAACACAGUAUCAUUUAAAACUAAAAAGGAAAAAAGGAGACGGACUUGGUGCGGCACCGGUGGAUACAAAGCAAAUACAUCUGCAUUUCAAAUGUGCCCGAAUUUGUCACCAAUCAAAGAAAUGUCGCCUAUGAAAUCACGUAAAACAAAACCAACUGACAUUAGUGAUAUAUCGUUCGAAAUAGCUUUUACUGAUUUUGAACUAGAACUGAUGAAGCAAGCAAAUAGUAACGAGGAGAACGAUAGCGAUGAGGACAACUUUGUAACAUAUCGUAAGCGGUGUGUUACAUUUAUGGAUAAUGUAAUUGACAAAUCGCCUGUAAACAGCAACAAUAAUAGCACUGCAUCUGAGAAAGUUGAUAUGUCUACUCAGACUCAAAGCUAUCCAUCAUCACCUGGUACACCAAAGCAAACUCUACGAGACACAAUUCGUAGCUUAACAAAGGAAUAUGCACAGCUUCAAGAGUUUACCACCUUAGAGAAACAAUUAUUCAAUGAAGAUCAAUUUUCUGAACACCAGGAAAAAAUUGCAAGGUUUUCACAGUUAGAAAAGCAGCUGGAAAAUAUUAAAUCUGAUAAAGAUUCUUUCGAGUACAUAGCAUCUGAACUUCGUAAAAAGUUAACUGCAGCUGAAUUACGUUAUACUUCGGCAGAAGAGCAAUUAAACGCGCACACGGUAGAGCUACAAAGAGUACUAGAUUUAGAAAAGAAGGUCGCCCAAUUAUCUGCGUAUGAAACAGAAGUGCAAAACGUUCCAGAAUUACAAAAACAGAUAGUCCUUCUUACAGCUGAAAAAGAUGGAUAUGAACAUGUUGCAUCUGAACUGCGAAAAAAACUUACGGAAGCUGAACAACACAAUAUUUUGUUACAGGAUAAAUUAACAACACAGAAUGGUGAAUUAGAAGAACCACUUAUAGAAUUUUCGUUUACUAAGGAGAUUAUUUCUUCCGAAAAAGAUGAAUUACAAUGUAAAAUAACUGAUUUGCAAAAUAAAUUAACAGAAGCAGAAUUAAGCAAUAAUUUAAUGAAAAAUACACUGGAUGAGCAACAACUAAUAAAAGAUUCAAUAAAAAGUAAAUUAGAUGCACAGGAGCAGUAUAUACAAAAGGCUUCCAACCAGAAUGAGAUGCUUGCAAUCGAGAAAAAUGAAUUUAAAGGUAUGAUUAGUGAAUUGGAAGAGAAAUUGAGAGAAGUAGAACUAAUGAACAGUUCACUAAAAAAUCAAUUAAAUGAGUAUGAAGCAACAAGUAUGUGUAAAACUGACAAUUCAGAGCUUACUCUUACAUCUGAGAAUAAGUCUGAACAGAUUAUUUCCGAAUUGCAAAAGAAAUUACAGGAAGCAGAAUCGUAUAAUAAUACAAUUAAGGAGGAAUUAAAUGUUCGUCAAGUGGAAGCAGAAAAAACUAUUGAGAAACAGAGGACAUCUGCUGAAAAUUUUGCAGUUGAAAGAAAUAAAUUGGAAGAAACCAUUCAUAAGCUGCAAGAAAAGUCAAAGGAAAUGGAAUUCGACAAUAAUUUAAUGAAGGAUAGACUAAAUGAACAGGAAUUGCAGUUGCAGAAGAAUCGUGAGAUGGAAAAAGAAAUUGAAGAUCUUACGUUGAAAACAAAAGAAUUCGAGUUUUUUGUUCACGAGUUGACAGAGAAAUUAGCUAAUGCUCAGCAUGGUACUUCAAUAAAGGAUGAAACGAAUGGAGAAGAAUUCCAUAAGAUCCAGCUAGAUGCGCAAUGUGCAAGUCCAGUUCCUGAAAGAAAUGAACAACAAAAUGUGGUGCAACAACAAUCGAAGAGUCCCGGAAAGGACUUUGUAGACAGUCAGAGCAGAGACGAAGUUAAUCACCUAAAAAGUCAUAUAAAUGACUUGCAAAAUAUUGUUCGAGAUAUACAGAACGAAAAUACAUAUUUGAAAGAACAGGCAGCGAAAUCGACAUCAGAUAACGAGUACAACUUGAACAACGGUGACUCGUCGAGAGUUAUAGAUGACUUAUCAAUUACGAGGAUGUCUCUAGACGAAGAUAGCGUUAAGUUAUCUGCAGAUCUUGUUUUGAAAAAUCAGGAAUUAGAUGAAAUAAAGCAUGAUGUGCAAAGUUUGAAAGCGGAUAUAGAAAACUUACAGCAAACUAUAUAUUUAUUAACAACCGAGAACAGCGAAUUGGCAAAUAAGUGGACUACUGAGAAGGAGUGUAACGAGAGAUCGGCUAAUCAAUUUCAGCAACUCAUCGAUGAGCUUUAUACGCGAAAUUCUAAGAUAAUGGACGAAAAACUCGAGCUGGAGAAUAAUGUAUCAAGUCUUAAUGAACAAUUAGAAUACUUCCGCUCGAGAACGCCCGAGGUAGACUUGAACGAAGAGCAGAUAAUUCACAAGUAUGAGGAACAGAUCAAUGCAUUGACAGCAAGAAAUACAGAAUUGUUGUCCAACAUUACAGACAAAACGAAAGAACUCGAGAUGUUGAAAGAGAGUAAGUCGCUUCUGUAUGAACACGAUUGUACAUACAAGGAUAAAUUAAUGGAUCUUAAGGAAAAACAUGAAUAUUUAACAGUUGAAAACAAUGAACUUUCCACAGAUUUAAUGGACAAGAUCGAAGAGAACGAAGGAUUAAGGCAAGAGUAUGACAUUCUGAAAAGUAAACUGGAAUUAUCAUUGACGAAUAAAGAGAGUAUCAGUAACAAUGAUGCGGAACAGCUGAGAACAGAGAAUACUUUAUUAAAAACCGAAGUGAUGGAACUGAAAGCUAACGUAAAAUCUUUAACUGAAGAAAACUCGAAAAUGUCCAAUCAAUUAAUAGAAGCCAUAGAAGACCUAGAUAAUAUACGAACGUUUAAUUCGAUUUCUUGCAACAAUACCAUGCAUCUGUCGACUUUAUUUAACAAUGAUACAAUGGAUAAAUCUAUAUUAAACGACAAUGCCGAAGUAAAACUUUUAAGUCUGCAAGAGCAAGUUGAUCAUCUCACGCAUCUCAAUAAAAAGCUUAGCGAUUUAAAAUUAAGUCCCUGUACUCAGUGCACCCAUUUGAACGAGUUAAAUGAAAGUCGAAGAAUGCUGAAGCUGGAAGUGAAGACUCUCAGUCGCAAAUUGGAGAGCUUGCAGAAAAAAUUCAACAGCAAAUCUGCAAAGAGCGAUGCACUUAUACUGAAGGCUAAAGAAGACGUUAACGUAAGUGUGUGCAAUUUAUCUCUUAAUGCCAGUUUUUCGGAGAACAUGAAUGUCAGCUACGUCGAAGAGAGACUUCAAACUCUAACUAAUGAAUUACAAAUUUUGAAAGAGGAUCAUAAUAAGCUGUCGGAUUUAUAUCAAGAAAAGUGUAAUGAAGUUGAAGAGCUGCAAAAUAGUACGAUCACGGAUUCAACAACCAAUGAUGUGAAUUCCAGCAUUAGGAAAUCCCCAAGUAGGACUUCAUUGAGACUAGAAAAUAUCGUGGAAGUUAUGAACAAUUUGCAAAUUGAUUUCAAGAAGAUAAAGGAAAACAAUGCAAGUGUCAAGUCAGAUCUUACGAAGUUCAUUAACGAGAAAGAAUCACUAGUGGAAGAAAUUAAUACAUUGAAGACUGCUAAUGAUCAGUUGUUGCAGAAAUUGUCGGAAAGUGAACUCAUGCAUACCACUGCUUUGGAGAAAGCCGAUAUUCUCGAAAAUGAGAUACAAGAUAUAACGAAAAAACUACAAGAAUUUACUGUAAAAUACAAAGAGAUUGAAAAUGCAAAGUUGCUCCUGGAAAUCGACACUGAAAGUUUAAAAGAAGAUAAAGAGAGGAAAGAACAGACAAUAAACGAUUUACGUCAAAGCUAUUCCUGCUUAGAACACGAAUUAGAUCUAGUUAAGAAAGAGAAAGAAGCGUUGAACAACGAUAUUGUUCUUAUGGAGCACAAAUAUACGGAAAAAGUAGAGUCACUAGAGGAAACGAACAAGCAGUUAAUCAACUCUAAAGCAACUAUCUCGGAGGAAUUCGCUAAUUAUUCUAAAGAAUCGGAAAAUAGACUGACGGAACUUAAUGAAAAGAUAAACAAGUGCACUUUCGAGAACGAUUACCUAAAACAGGAAUUGAUCAAGCUGCGCGAUAUAGAAGAUAAAUUUGAGAUGAUAAAAACUGAAUACCAAUCCAAGUUGCAACAAGAUAAAACAUUAGCUAACGAUAACAAGAAACUGAAAAAUGUAUUGAACGACGCUUCUAAGAACAUCAUCAAGGAGAUCAAGUCUUUCAAACCUAAUCUCGAUACGCAGGAAUUCGUGGAUAAAUCGGUAGAUGAGCUAUUUCAGGUAUUCCUGGAGACUAUUAUGAUGAAGGAGAAGGAAAUUGUAAAGAGCAUGCGAGAGUUUUUCGCUAAAGAGAAGCAAAAACUCGAGGAUCAAAAUCGGCAGACAAUGGACGCAGAAAAACGUACGUCUCUGUGGGCGAAAGAACUGGAAUGCGAGAUAGAGAAACUUCAGAAGGACUUGUCCGAACGAGAAAUUGCAUCCGAGGGUUUGCGGAAAGAGAUUGCGCGCUUGGAACAACUUUUGCAAGAGGGUAAUCGCGACAGAGAGAUAUUGAAAGAGAAGAAUAGCCUGCUCGAGGCAGAUCUUACUAACUUACAAAUUGAAUACAAUAAAAAUUCCAAGAUCGACACGGUGAAUGAAGAGGCGAUUAUUAUCGCGCAGAAACGAGAGAAGCAAGCUCAAGAGGCGGUUAGAAAUAAAGAAACAGAAUUUCAAAUGAGGUUGAAUUCGGAGAAAGAGGCGUACACUAAGCGGCUCGAAGAUCUCACGCGCACAAUAGAGUCGUUUAAGACGAAAAACAUGGAACUGACCAGUAACAUCGAGGGUCUUGAGGCUAAUCAGAAGCAACUGAAGAACAUUAUCGACCUAAAAAGUAACGAGUUGAUGAAAAACAAUCAAAUCAUUCAAAACAUGCGGUCCGAGCUGGAACAGUUCACGGAAGCUUGCAACGAUUUCCACAAGGAACUGGAAACGAAGGAGUUACGUAUUACAGAAAUGAGGACACUUCUGAAGACUAAACGCGACGAGCUGACAGAGUAUAAAGCUAAUCUCGAGAUAAUCGAGCCCGAGAACAAGUUGUUGAAACAACAGCUCAGCGAGAGGAAAGCCAGCAUAGAACAGUACCGGAUGGAAAUAGAGACUCUGAAAAUGAAAAACAAGGAGGAAAUUGACGCGAUUAAAGAUCGAUUGAAUUUCGAGGAGCUGAAGAAUAUCGAACUGAACAAGCAAAUAGCUGAAUUGAACAGCAAGAGUGUAGCCUCGGCGGAAGAGGUGAACGUUCUAAGAGACAAUUACGCGACAUUACAACGUAAGUGUGCGACGUUAGAAAAGCGAGUGAGAAAUAGUACGAGUAAGGUCCUGGCUGAAGAGCAAAUGGAAGAGCUAAAAGACUUAAAUAGAUCUUUGCGAAAUAAUUUGGACGGUGCUAGUAAUCGGAUAGUGGAGUUACAAGCUGCAAAAGGUGAUCUGAUGAAGCAAAUGGUUAUUUUAAAUAGCCAAUACGACAUGGCAUGCAAAGACAAUCAGGAAUUGAAGGAAGCGCUGUCAUCGUUCAAGUCAAGGCAUAACGACACGUACACAGCCUGCGACAAGUACGACGAUUUGCUACGAGAGAAGAACCAAAUUGCAUUAGACUUAGAAGCGACAAAGGUUCAGUUGAAUCAGAAGAACAAAGAUAUCGAGAAUUAUAUUAAGGAGAUAAAGGAAUUGACAAAAAAGAAUGCAGAACUGGAUCAAGAAAUGGACGACUUGGUAAAAGUUAUUCAUGACCACGACGCUGAGAACGCGAGACUUGAAGAUAAGUUCUAUACGUGUCGUAACGAGGUAGACGAGUUACAAGAGAAGAUCAAAGCUCUUGAGACGAAGGAUCAAAAUGAUCAAUCGCAAACAAGCGCGUCGUCCUCCGACAAGGCUGAAAAGUCUCACGAUGAGUGCAGUUGCGCGACGUUGAAAAACAAGAUACGGGAGUUGCAGCUGGAGAUUGUGUCGAGGAAUGGAAAGAUCGCGACGUUGGAGCUGCAAAUACGUAGCGGAAGUUUCCCUUAUCAGACGAAGUGCAAAGAGCUGCAGGAACAUCUGUCAGCGUAUAGUAACAAGAAUAGCGAGUUAAAAGCGGAACUUAAACGACUGCGAAUGGCCAUGUUAUGUACAAGCGCGAAGGAAUGUGAUGUAUGCAAACAGAGACUUGUUAGUAGGAGACAUCAAGCGUGUCAAACCAUGCCGAACAACGUAUUACGAUUUUGUGGCACGAGCAGCGGCAUAAUCGAAGAGCACGUAAGAAUAACAAAGUUGGAGAAAGAGAAGCAGAUUAUGAAGGAUGUGUGUCGUUCUCGAUCCAAAACUAUAAAAGAACUCGAAAAGAAAGUAGAGGAAUAUGAGAAGUUGUUGUGUCCUCAACAUGCGUAAUCUACGAAGACAUUUUAUCCUGUUAACAUUAUGUAAUUUAUGGCCUUCUAGUAAUAUGUAAAAACAACUUAAUCUAAAGUUUCCAACAUAUAGAAUGUAUAAAAU